UACAUCUUAAAGGCUCCUAUUACUCACAACGAACUAACGCAUCUAGAUUAUAUCCGAUCAUCAAUUUGUGACGAAGACCGAUGACUUCGUUCGCGAAGGUAUCGAAAUGCUGCCAGCUGUCAUCACUAUGGAUCAUUACGAGGCUGAGCGUGGGCAAUUCUUAGUUUAUACAGUGAAAUCCCGUGCGCUUCUUGCUCAUGUCGAAACACUUGAUCAACAUGAGACCGAUCGGGUCGGUAAAUCACUACCUUUCAUAAUCAUUGUCAUCAACGGUUUAGAUAGUACAGAAGACGACUGCAUCGAUGAGGAAGAUGUGAAGUCACUUGCCAGAAGAAUCAAGGUCUCACGGGCUGGAGCGACUGGGGCACGACCAUUUAAAGAAUCCAAAAUACGUCGUGUGCGAAGUCUUAUCUAGAUUACCAAGAAUCUAUUUCACUUGUACGUUUAAAUAAUAUUCUAUUGCUAUGGGAGGUGUUAUAGUAUAGUUCGUAAUGAAA